AUGGCCUGUCUGAUGGCCGCUUUCUCUGUCGGCACCGCCAUGAAUGCCAGCAGUUACUCUGCAGCAAUGACGGAGCCAAAGUCGGUGUGCGUCUCAGUGGAUGAGGUGGUCUCCAGCAGCAUGGAUGCCCCUGAGACAGAGCUGCUGAAUGGACACCUGAAAAAAGUGGAUAACAACCUCACGGAGGCCCAGCGCUUCUCCUCCUUGCCUCGGAGGGCAGCUGUGAACAUUGAAUUCAAGGACCUCUCUUACUCUGUUCCUGAAGGACCCUGGUGGAGGAAGAAAGGAUACAAGACCCUUCUGAAGGGAAUUUCUGGAAAAUUCAACAGUGGUGAACUGGUGGCCAUCAUGGGUCCUUCUGGGGCUGGAAAAUCCACACUCAUGAACAUUCUAGCUGGAUACAGGGAGACUGGCAUGAAGGGGGCAGUCCUUAUCAAUGGCAUGCCCCGGGACCUCCGCUGCUUCCGGAAGGUGUCUUGCUACAUCAUGCAGGAUGACAUGCUGCUGCCACACCUCACUGUCCAAGAGGCCAUGAUGGUGUCUGCACAUCUGAAGCUUCAAGAGAAGGAUGAAGGCAGAAGAGAGAUGGUCAAGGAGAUCCUGACAGCGCUGGGCCUUCUGUCCUGUGCCAACACACGGACGGGCAGCCUCUCAGGUGGCCAGCGGAAGCGCCUGGCCAUCGCACUGGAGCUGGUCAACAACCCACCCGUCAUGUUCUUUGAUGAGCCGACCAGUGGCCUGGACAGCGCCUCCUGCUUCCAGGUGGUCUCUCUGAUGAAAGGGCUGGCUCAAGGAGGACGCUCCAUCAUCUGCACCAUCCACCAGCCUAGUGCCAAGCUCUUCGAACUGUUUGACCAGCUUUACGUCCUAAGUCAAGGACAGUGUGUGUAUCGGGGGAAAGUCUCCAAUCUUGUCCCAUACCUGAGAGAUUUAGGCCUGAACUGCCCAACCUACCACAACCCAGCAGACUUUGUUAUGGAGGUUGCAUCUGGCGAGUACGGCGAUCAGAACAGCCGCCUGGUGAGAGCUGUUCGUGAGGGCAUGUGCGACUCCGAUUACAAGAAAGACCUUGGUGGUGAUGCCGAGGUGAACCCUUUUCUUUGGCACCGGCCCUCUGAAGAGGUAAAGCAGGCAAAACGAUUAAAGGGGUUGAGAAAGGAUUCCACUUCCAUGGAAGGCUGCCACAGCUUCUCAGCCAGCUGCCUCACACAGUUCUGCAUCCUCUUCAAAAGGACAUUCCUCAGCAUCAUGAGGGACUCGGUCCUGACACACCUGCGGAUUACCUCACACAUUGGAAUUGGCCUUCUCAUUGGCCUGCUCUAUUUGGGGAUUGGGAAUGAAGCCAAGAAAGUCCUCAGCAACUCUGGCUUCCUCUUCUUCUCCAUGCUGUUCCUCAUGUUCGCUGCCCUCAUGCCCACUGUUCUCACAUUUCCUCUAGAGAUGGGAGUAUUUCUUCGGGAGCAUCUGAAUUACUGGUACAGCCUGAAGGCCUACUACCUAGCCAAGACCAUGGCUGAUGUCCCCUUUCAGAUCAUGUUCCCAGUGGCCUACUGCAGCAUCGUGUACUGGAUGACCUCUCAGCCAAGUGACGCUGUGCGCUUCGUCCUUUUUGCCGCCCUGGGCACCAUGACAUCGCUUGUGGCCCAAUCCCUGGGCCUGCUCAUUGGGGCUGCAUCCACAUCCCUGCAGGUAGCGACCUUCGUGGGCCCUGUGACUGCCAUCCCAGUCCUCCUCUUCUCCGGAUUUUUCGUCAGCUUUGACACCAUCCCCACGUACCUGCAGUGGAUGUCCUACAUUUCCUAUGUCAGGUACGGGUUUGAAGGUGUCAUUCUCUCCAUCUAUGGCCUCGAUCGAGAAGACCUGCACUGUGACAUUGAUGAGACAUGCCACUUUCAGAAGUCGGAGGCCAUCCUGAGAGAACUGGAUGUAGAAAAUGCCAAGCUAUACCUGGACUUCAUUGUCCUUGGAAUUUUCUUCAUCUCCUUGCGCCUCAUUGCUUAUUUUGUCCUGAGGUACAAAAUCCGUGCAGAGAGGUAAAAUGCCCAGAGAGCAGUCAAGAGAAAAAUUACAUGUGGUGGCCAUGGACACUCCCAGAACUGUGGCAGCAGGCCUGUGCCCGGUUACACAGAGACUAUCGUGACUCAGCUCCUAGGAACCAUGCUUGGUUUGUGGGUGUCUAGUGCUCAACUUCACCCAGUGGGGUUGGGUCUUCUCUCCAUUACCCUUUCUAGCUUUAACUAGGAAGAAGAUAGAGAAAGGUUUUUUUGUUUUUAUUUUUUACACACAGAAUUUAAAAUGCCACAAUGGGGUGAAUUUAAAACUGCAAGACAGUUUGUGACGAGAGGUUUCCUUUCCUUAGUAGAAUCCUUCCUUGUGACCAAAUAAUUUUGGUCCUGGAUGGGGAACUGCAAGCAACUUCUCAGUUGCUCACUAUGCAGCCACAUGGAUGUCUUGGGGGAGAAAGUUGAAACGCAGAGUGAUUCCAUUUUAUGACUGUUGUUUUUCAUAGUUUCGUCUCUCU